UCCGCCAUCGUCAGCCUGUAUUGAUAAAUUCCCCGUGCAUUUGCUCAGUCCCAACAAGAACACCGAACGCCUUACGUGCCUAAACAAAUCUCCUGUACUCGCUAUAAGUGUAAGAACAUUUUAACCUCCAGACACUCGACAUUUCAUUAAAAAAAGGACGUGAUUGAUUUCGUGAGCUAACGUCGCCAAUCUCAAAAGAGCUGUGUCGUGGGUGAGCGCGAGAUAGAAAACGUUCAGGAUCACCUCGGUCGGGAACACCGACUUCGUUAACGUGAGGAAGGCGAUGCCGGUGGAGCCCCUGGAAAAUGACAGCUUUCUGCUCGUUUCAGACGUCUUCGAGUUAGUGAUCGAGGAAGAGGAAGACGGCUGGUGCCACGUCGUCCCCAGCGCUAGCGACGCCUCCGAAAACUCUCCGUCAGAAGCCCUCCCUCUUGCCUCCGCUUCUUCGUCGACGCCGUCUUCGCCUCCGCCUCCGCCUAGUACUCACUUGUCCCCCUUACCCCGGAAGCAUGAGGACCUGUUCUUCCUCGACGGCCACUAUGAGGAUGCUGUACCGAACGAUAAUGAGGGAGAGGAAGCCGGUGCUGCAGACAUACGCGCUGUAGAGGGCGUCGACAUCCAGGAGGUCGGGGUCGAGGAGGAACAAGACAUAUCCAGUGAGGCCGAGGAGGAUUAUGAGGAAUUUUGGGAAGCUGACGAGCUGGUGGACGCUUACUGCUUGACCUACGGCCAUGACGACGUGGUAGACAAAUCUGCUGAGGACUUCGGAGCCAAGAGGAAAAUCAGCCUCAAAGGAUCCCGCCAAAGGAAAAAGGAAGCUGCCAGACGUCCGGCGGGAAAGGACCUCUACAUGAACCAGGACCAAUUGAACUGGCGGGAAUUCAAGAAACACAUGACUAAGAAGACGUUCCAGAAGAAGCACCUCGACUGGACCACUUACAAGCGGACCCUCAACAAAGCGGCGCUCAGACCUGCUCUCUGUGAUAAGCAAAAGAACACGAUUCUCUACCUGUGAGUCUCCUUUCUUCCGUUGAUCGAGGGGGUAAUAAUAGUUUUUUUUGUUUUCCUUUUUUUUUUCAUUUUACGUCAAAUAGGCGUGUAGGUUAUCUCUUCGCUUCGAUAUAUUAAAUGAUUUUUGAUAAGUAGAAACACUAAGUAGGUGAAGUAAAAUGCAUCGAAUAUUUGCUGGGAUCAGUAGCCUACACUGCCAGCGGAAUCUCAAGAAAUGAUGCAUAUGAUGUGGGAUUAAACUCACUCUUUCGUGUAUUCGGAUGAUUUUUUUUUCUUCUUUUUUUUUUUGGCGGCAAAUCGCAAGGAAUGAGGAGUAACAUUUGCCUGCUGUGAUGUAUGAGACGUCGAAUUAGACUGAUUCAUUCGUGUAUUCGGAGCACAUGUUCUUGGCGGCAAAAAUCACAGGAGACAGAUUGUAACAUUUGCCAGCCGUGAUGUGUAAGACGUUGAAUUAAACUCAUUCACUUGAGUAUUCGGAUCUCAUGUUCUUUGUCAACUAUUUUUAUGCAGUUUUCUUUCAUUGUUUACAUGGAUAUUCUAACGAUAUCCUGUUUUACGACUUAGAUAUGGAAUAUCAAGGAAACGGGACACAGUACACAGAUUUCCUCGCCGUAUGCUCUAUAGUUUUUUUUUGCAAACCCAAAUUCCGCAGCCAUUUUGCCACCACCAAUUCGAAAUCAGCGGAUUUUAGAAGUUUUUCUAACAACAAUGGUGGCUGUACUAAUGGAGAAAACGGCGAGGAGAGAAUUUAUAUCAGAAAUGUCAACAAAAGACAAAGGCAAUGCGCAAAGACUGUGCCACAUUUUGCCUUUGAACAUGACAUUAAUAUUUGUACGCUCUCUCUGUUUAUAUCUGUUAACUCCUUAUACAGAGAUGUAUAUGUCACCGUUUGUAUUCUGUUUCAAAACUCAAUAAAAUUUAAAUGUAA